CCUCAAUUGGCAGAUUGAAAAAUGUCAUAAUAAUAUAACCUAACCUACAAAAUUAUAAAUCUGAUACGAUUCUUUUAAUUUUUAUUUUAAUAAAUAGAUUACACAUACUUUACUACUACACUACAAAAUGGCCUCGACUGUUAUAAAGUAUGUUGGAAGAACAACUGAUUUUAAAGGAAAAACCCUUUGGGAAAUUGUUGGCAGUUUGAAAAACCAAGGUGUUGGGAGAAUCAUUGUGCGAUCAGUUUUCGAAAGAUAUCCAGAACCUAGUUUUAUGAAGAUCGUUAAAGUUGAAACUUGUCCUGAUGAGGAACGACGUAGAGUAAGAAUAUGGGUCGAGAAAACAUUUAGAGGUCGCAAAAUGCCGAAUUUGACAGAAAUAUAUCGUACAUCAUACAAACCUGAUUACAAACUUGUACCUAAGAAUGAGGAGGCCCAAUUGCUGGCUAGUGUUAAGGAAGUACACCACUUCCCCGAGGUGAUUCUACCGAGAAAUAUUGAGAUGCCGCCACUGAUGAAGAAGUUUAUUAUCAAGGAUCAUGAAAAGAAAGGACUGGAGGUGAUGACAGACUUCACAAUGCCAAUUACCUACAACUACAGUCCGAACAGAGUCAAGAGGAUAGCUAAACCUGAUGAAAAGCCAACUGUACAGUUUUCUAUGGGCCUUGGUACGCCUGCCAGCCCAUCACUCUAUGAGGGAGUGCCACUAAGUUAAAGAAAACGAGAAACUAAUAUUACAUAUGUAUUUUAAGAUAGAUAUUAUAGAACAAUAAAGUAGUUGAUAACAAAUGUGCACA